UUAAACUUCCUUACCUCUGGCGUGGAGUGCAUGAAUGACUGCGUGAGCGCUGGUGGGCGGGUCAGGUGCCCCUCUCAUAGGCCAAUAAGAAGUGGGUGCUUAGUGUUGGGUGUUAGGGUGCUCCUCUGUCAUCUGUGUCCGUGGCGCUCGUUGCGUAAGUCCACUGCAGCUCCGCGCGCUCCUCUUCAGCAUGGCAGCUCCAAACAAAGUCUGCGUCGUGGGCUCCGGAAACUGGGGCUCUGCAAUUGCCAAAAUAAUAGGUGCUAAUGCCGCCCAAAACCCAAAGUUUGACAACAUAGUGAAAAUGUGGGUUUUUGAGGAGAUGGUGGAUGGACGGAAGCUGACUGAGAUCAUCAACACUGAUCAUGUGAAUGUCAAGUACCUGCCCGGACACAAGCUCCCAGAGAACGUGCUCGCCGUCCCAGACCUGGUGGAUGCCUCCAAAGACGCAGACAUUUUGAUUUUUGUCAUUCCUCACCAGUUCAUUGGAAAGGUCUGUGACACAAUGAAGGGCAAAAUCAAGACUGAAGCCAUCGGGAUUUCUCUAAUCAAGGGAGUGGAUGAGGGGCCUGAUGGACUCAAACUGAUUUCUGACGUCAUUCAGGAGAAACUGGGCAUUACCAUGAGCGUCCUCAUGGGGGCAAACAUCGCCAAUGAAGUCGCAGAUGAGAAGUUCUGUGAGACGACUAUAGGUUGUAAAAAUAAAAACCACGGGGCACUGCUGAAGGAGUUAAUGCAAACCAAUAACUUCCGGGUCACAGUUGUGGAAGAAUAUGACGUUGUGGAAAUCUGUGGCGCCUUAAAGAACAUUGUAGCAGUUGGCGCUGGGUUCUGUGACGGCCUGGGUUUUGGCGAUAACACAAAGGCUGCAGUGAUCCGGUUGGGGUUGAUGGAGAUGAUCGCGUUUGCCCGGAUCUUCUGCACCGCUGGGCCCGUCUCCUCGUCAACCUUCCUGGAGAGCUGCGGAGUGGCCGACCUUAUCACCACGUGCUACGGAGGCCGCAACCGGAAAGUGGCUGAGGCCUUUGUGAAGACGGGGAAGUCCAUCGAAGAACUGGAGAAAGAAAUGUUGAAUGGGCAGAAGCUGCAGGGACCAGCCACAGCUGCUGAAGUGUACCUCAUCUUGAAGCACAAAAACCUCAUUGACAAGUUUCCUCUAUUUAAUGCAGUAUAUCAGAUCUGUUAUCAGGGCCACCCAGUCACAGAGUUCAUAAGCUGUUUGCAGAACCAUCCAGAGCACAUGUAAAACCAACCACCACGUGCCUCAAGAGGGAAGAAUGCAACUUUCUAUCUCCCUUUACACUGGAUGGGACUUCUGUUCAUACCACAAAUCUGUUCCAUUUCUUCCAGCAAGCUCAUGGUCAAACUUUGAAAUAUGUCUUUAUGUUCAGAAAGUCUUUUAAAGAGCCUGUACCUGAUUUCAAUCUAUGAGACGGGAACAUGUUUGAACUUUUAGCUCUGCCCUUUUGGUCCUUUCUGCCAGAGUGAUAUUGCACCAUGACACAGAAACACCUACAACAGCAAAAGUUCUCCAAUCUCUGCUGAUGAUUUGUAAUAACAAUGUGCCUAAUUGGAUGAAAAAUUGUGACUUCUGUGUUACUUAUUACCUGAGAAAAUGUUAUGUAAAAGGAAUAGUUUAUAUUUUACAGUCUCAUUUAUUUUGAGAAGUCAGAUACAGGCCCUAAGAACUUUUUUCAGUCAUUUUACUAAUUUGACAAGGAUUGUUUUGCAUUUCAAGUAGGUGCCUAUUUUGAUUUAAUGUUUCUUAUUUUAACUAGAAUGCAUGAUCACAUCUACAAGGUAAAAAUGAAUUUCUACUCAAGUUAAAAUUACUUGAAUUUGAAAUUGUUUCGUUGGUGGGUUGAGAUUUAGUUGUUGUCUACCUGGUAUAUUGUUACCUGCUUCAAUAUUUUGUUCUUAUUUUUAGCAAGUAGAUUUUAAAAGGAACAGUAUGUAGCCUGUGCUGUUACUGUAAAUAUGUACUACAAUUACAAAUGAAACCAGGUUGCCAGUGCAUAUAGAGGACACAUACAAGUUUUUCUCAUUCUCAGUAUAUGGACAGACCGUACCUCAUGUGAAACCUCAGAACUUCCAGAUUUCACUCAGAGGCUGCACUAGUUCUGAUUGUUUGGCUGCAGGUGCUGGGGUUUAGGCAGUGACGAUUGAAAUAAUAAAUACUAACUUUUUUACACUAUUCAAAACUUAAUAUUUUGAAUUCAAGUAUUUUAACUAGAUAUUAAUUAUAUGCAGUUGAAAAGGACUAAACACCUAACUGUAAUAAUACCAUGCCUUAGUAACAAAAUAUUUAUGCAUUCAAGAUAAGAGCCAUUUUAUUGUCAAACGUCAUUGUUCAGUGAAUGCAUGCGAGCUAACAGACAUUUUAAAAUGAUAUAGUAAUAGAUACCUCAUUUCAUGUUGAUUUUAAGUCUUAUGAAGUUCACUGUGAAUCUUAAUUGUUAUUGUACUGUAUGUUGACUAAACGGACAGCAAAUGAAGAAGCAAGUGCCUUUACUGUGCAUGGUUGUUGAGUCACAGCCAUAAUCUCUCUCCAAGACGUGACAACCAGAACACCGUCCAUUUUAGUAUCUGCUCAAACUGACUCAACGUUUUGGUUCAUUUCAAUGUGUCUUUGUAAUUUUUCAGUCUGUGAAUAAAUUAAUGCAGGUAUCUGA